AUGAAAGGACGGAAAAUGAUCAAUGUGAUACAUCGGAAGGAGAAUAUUGCGGAUUCAAUUAACAACACACCCGUAGCGGGAACGGCCAGACCAAGACAUCACAUCCCCCGCUUUUCUAUAGGGCGCGCAGAAAAACUGCACGUACGGGAUGCAUGGGAGGCACGAGACCACUUUAUCCAUUUUUUUGUUGGGAAGCGACAUGGACCGUACAGUGGUUUAUCCACCAUUGGAUCGGUCAUUGCCCUGAAUAUCUUGAGGUAUCGGUUCGGCAGACACGUUGUCAUGGGGAGAGUGAUAUGGCUGUAUAAGAUUGAUAAUCUGGUCCUAAGAAUCGGAUUGUUUGUCUCAGCCUCUGUAGCAACAUUAGUUCAUGGCCGCGUCGAUCCUGAACUCUCAAGAGCUCUAUUUCAUAAGCUCGCUGAGAUUCUGUCCAUAGCGAUGACUGUCAAUAUUUUCGCGUUCAUUCCCAAAAGCCAUCACCUAACGACUAGAAAGCUCAAAGAGCCCUUUCUACCUACAUACUUUCUACCGAAACAGAAGAACCUUGAGGAAUCAGGAAAGACUGCGCUGAAAAAGGUUCGGACAGCUCAAGUGGUCGUUGCCUCGUAUAUUAGCGGUCUCACGUUUCUCAGUAGAUGCAAGUAA